UUGAAGAUCAGGCAAAAGACGGCGACGGUAUACGCACGCCACACACCCCGAUUUGCGCGCUGUCCGAUCCGAUUCUCUCUUCCUUCCAGCCGUCGAGAGGAUGAGCGACAAUUACUAUUUCGACCUCCUCACGGGUCCCACCUCCGCCGCCGCCGCCGCUCCUCCUCCUCCCCAAUCUCCUCCGCCGCCGCCGCCGCCGCCCUCCUUCAGUCCCCGCUUCGAGUCCUCCUCCGAGGAGGAGGAGGAGGAGGAGGGCGGCGGCGGUGGCGAUGGAGCCGAAACGGGCGGCGCCAUCUCCUCCACCACCAGGCGCCUCGAUUGCAUGCUCCAGUUCUUGGAUCGCAAGCUGUCUACUGCUACCUCCUCUCCUCCGUCCGAUGCUCCGAGCGGCGAGCGGGAUCCGAGGGGAUCGGCGGCGCUGCCGGAGUUCGUGGGCCGGGGAGGGGGCGCGGGCGUUUUCAAGUUGCCGGCGAGGGCGGCGGUCCACCCGGGGCGGCCGCCGUGCGUGGAGGUGAGGCCGCACCCGCUGAGGGAGACCCAAAUCGGGUGCGCCCUGGGGACUCUCGUGGCCACCCCUUCGCAGCUGUGGGCCGGCGGCGAGAGGGGCGUCAGGGUUUGGGACUUGGGCGCGAACAUCUACGCGGCGGCGGCGAGGGGCGAGGGCGUCGGCACAGGAGCCGACGCCGAGCCCGACACUGUUCCCUACAGGGAGUCGGCGGGUGGGAUGUCGCCCACCUUGUGCUUGGUGGCCGACGAGGCGAGCCAGCUGGUGUGGAGCGGUCACCGGGACGGCAGAAUCAGGUGCUGGAGCAUGUCGUUCGGUGCUUCUUCUUCUGUUGCUGCUGCGUGUAGCAGUAAGAAGACUCGCUUCAAGGAAACACUUUCGUGGCACGCUCAUCGGGGCCCCGUUCUCUCCCUCGUGAUCUCUUCUUAUGGGGAUCUGUGGUCAGGUUCAGAGGGUGGUGUUAUCAAAAUUUGGCCAUGGGAACGUAUUGAGAAAUCUCUUUCUUUAACAAUGGAAGAAAGACAUAUGGCUGCUUCCAUUGUGGACAGAUCAUAUAUUGACCCUCGGAACUAUGUUAACACAAAUAAUUUCAGUAACAGUUUAGCAGCUGAUGUCAAGCACUUAUUUUCAGAUAAUAAUGCGGGAAAAGUGUGGAGCUUUGGAAAUCAGUCGUUUGCCCUGUGGGAUGCUCGUACGAGGGAGUUGUUGAAAGUGUGCAGUGUAGAUGGACAGGUAGAGAGCCGAGGCGACAUCUCAACACCGCAGGAUUUUUCAAUGGAAUAUUUUUCUAGUCAAAGAAAGGAAAAAUCACAGGGCUCCUCUGGUUUUUUUCAGCGGUCUCGCAAUGUUAUAUUAGGAGCUGCUGAUGCUGUUCGUCGAGUGGCAACAAAAGGGGCAUUUGGAGAUGAUUCUAGGAGAACAGAAGCACUUGUUACGACAAUAGAUGGGAUGGUUUGGACUGGGUGUGCGAGUGGCUUACUGAUACAAUGGGAUGGAAAUGGAAAUCGCCUGCAAGAUUUCCAGUACCUCUCUUUUCCUGUGCAAUGUCUUUGUACAUUUGGACUUCGCAUAUGGGUUGGUUAUGCAAGUGGUUAUAUACAGGUACUGGACCUUGAGGGUAAUCUGAUAGGAGAAUGGGUAGCCCACAGCAGUCCCGUUCUAAAAUUAGCUGUAGGGGCUGGAUAUGUCUUCAGCUUGGCUAAACAUGGUGGUGUACGUGGGUGGAGCAUUACAUCUCCUGGACCCAUCGACAGCAUACUACGUUCAGAAUUGGCUGGCAAGGAGUUUUUGUACGCUAGGAUAGAAAACAUAAAAAUAUUGGCUGGCACAUGGAAUGUUGGACAAGAAAGAGCUUCUAGAGACUCUCUUAUAUCAUGGCUGGGCUUUGCGGCCUCUGAUGCAAAUAUCGUUGUUGUUGGGCUGCAAGAAGUUGAAAUGGGCGCUGGUUUUCUAGCUGUGUCUGCAGCCAGAGAAACAGUGGGGCUUGAGGGUAGUUCAGUUGGAGAUUCGUGGCUGGCUGUGAUUGGUGAAACAUUGGAUGAGGGGUCAACCUUUGAACGUAUGGGCUCCAGGCAACUAGCUGGCUUGCUCAUUACCUUGUGGGUGAGAAAUACUCUAAAACCUCAUGCUGGAGAUGUUGAUGCUGCAGCAGUUCCGUGUGGCUUUGGGCGUGCAAUUGGAAACAAGGGAGCUGUUGGUUUGAGGAUUAGAGUGUAUGAUCGAAUCAUGUGCUUUGUAAAUUGUCACUUCGCUGCCCAUACUGAAGCAGUUGCUCGUCGGAAUGCUGAUUUUGAUCAUGUAUAUAGGAGCAUGACCUUCACCAGAGCAUCUACGUUUUCCAAUGCAGUAGCUGUCGGUGCUUCUUCUGCUGUGCAAAUGCUCCGUGGAACAAAUGGAGUUAUCUCCCAGUCAGCUGAAGUAAUGCCCGAGUUGUCUGAGGCAGAUUUGGUCAUAUUUUUGGGCGAUUUCAACUACCGGGUUGAUGGUGUAACAUUUGAUGAAGCCAGAGAUUUUGUUUCUCAGAGAAGUUUUGAUUGGCUUUGGGAGAAGGAUCAGCUCCGAGCAGAAAUGGAAGCCGGUAAUGUUUUCCAAGGAAUGCGUGAAGCAGUUGUUAAAUUUCCUCCUACAUACAAGUUUGAACGGCACCAGGCUGGAAUAGCAGGGUAUGAUAUUGGUGAAAAGAAGCGCAUUCCUGCAUGGUGUGACAGAAUUUUGUACCGUGAUAGCCGCUCAGCUCUGGAAUCUGAAUGCAGUUUAGAGUGUCCUGUAGUCUCUUCAGUAGUACGAUAUGAGUCUUGCAUGGAUGUGACAGACAGUGAUCACAAACCAGUUCGUUGUAUGUUUAACAUGGAUAUAGCUCGAGUCGAUGAGUCAGUGCGGAGGCAAGAAUUUGGUGAAGUUGUUGCCCAAAAUGAGAGAGUUAAGUCUAUGCUCAAAGGGUUAUUUGUGAUACCGGAAACCAUUGUCAGCACCAACAACAUAAUCCUUCAAAAUCAGGAUACGUCUAUUUUGCGGAUUACAAAUAAAUCUGGGAAGAAUGAUGCUUUAUUUCAAAUAAUUUGUGAAGGUGUCUCUAUGAUCAGAGAAGAUGGACAGGCAUUAGACCAUAACCCAAGAGGUUUUUUUGGCUUUCCACAAUGGCUUAGGGUUUGCCCAGUUUCUGGCAUUAUUAAACCAGAACAUACCACUGAGGUAUCAGUUCAUCAUGAAAAGUUCCAGACCUUGGAGGAGUGUGUCGAUGGUGUCCCUCGGAACUGGUGGUGUGAGGACAACAGAGACAAGGAAGUUAUAUUAGAGGUGAGGGUGAGUAGCAGCUAUAUGACUGAGACAAGGAAUCACCGUAUUCGCGUUCGGCACUGCUUUUCAUCCAAAGGGAAACAAGUUGACCAUGUAUCUUUGGAUUCCAAGCAAGCACAAGUUAAUCUCCUUCACCGAUCUGAUCUCCAACGACUUAGUGAUUCCUAUGACAUGGUUGACCACUUUCGCAAUUUACAUAGUCCAUGAAAUGACAGGUGCUAGUGGUGCACAAGCUCAGGCAUUGUUGACAGUGAGUAAAUUGCUACAAGCUGACGACUAUUGUCUUGUUGCACUCUGGUUCACAAGCAUUGCUGCCUUCCGCCAAAACUUCGUUUGUUUUCCUUCUCAAUAUGUACAAAAACUUGUUUUGGAUUUAGAGGCCAGCAUAAGCAAUUACUGGAGGCAGUUACAGGGUUGGACAUUGGAUCUUGAGGUGUGGUUGCCACCGGCUUCACCUUGGCUUCAUAGGGUGGUGUCAAGCACAAACAAGAGUAAAACACCAGUGCUUUCGCGAGAUAAGCCAGUUUCUUGAGGAUAAUUAAAUGUCAAGUGGCUGAUUGCCAAUGUAAAGAGGAAAGGAAGCCACCAUGCGAAACGUUAUAAUCCAUGAAUAAGUUUCUCCAUUUUGUUACAUAUGUGCAUCUCCUCCUCCGAGGUAUUUUAAGCUUUGAGCGAGUUCGAAUUUUUCAGGAACGUGGAAACGAAGGUUCUUUGUGCUCUAUUCCUGAGGAUUGUUGUGGAGUCUAUUAAGCCAACAUGUUUUAUGUACUUCACUUUUCCUUUUACCUUUUCACUCGGGAAGUUGUGUUUAGUAGUGUAUGCCGACAAUCACACUUGGGUUGGUUGUUUGUGUUAUUUGUGAAAAGUCAUCAAUUUACUGA